AUGUCUAGUCAACCACAGCAUAAGUAUAAGAGGCCAGACGUCGGGGUCAGAGACAAGAAGUUGGAGACUUUGAACGCUCAAUUGAAGAAGAUCGACAAUGAGGUUGCUAUCUUGAGGAAGCAGAUUGAUCAAAAUCAAGUUGGGGACUCGACUCAGCAGGAGAGAAAGAAAUUGCAAGAGCAAACGAGGGAGAUUAUCAAGACUCAAGCCGAUUUGAAGUCUCGCAGAAAUGCCAUUCAUGACAAUAUCAAGCAAUUAGAUGGUCACAUCAAGCGUAAGACAGCCGAAAUCAACGACAAGUUGGGAAGAAAGGCUAAAUACUCCACUCCUGGUGAAGUGAAGCAGAGAAUCUCUGAGAUCGAGGAUCAGAUCUCUUCCGGUGAAUUGUCCUUGAUCCAAGAGAAACUGCUAGUUAAGGAAAUGCAGUCUUUGAACAAGUUGAACAAGGAUUUGGUUGCCAUCGAGCCCAUCAAGAAGUCUGUUGAUCAGGAUAAGAUCAAAAUCGCUGAGUUGAAGGAAGAAUUGAACCAACUGAACCCUAAAGAAGUCUCUGCCAAGUUUGAACAAACUCAAGAGAAAUUAAACAGUUUGCAAUCCAAGACCCAAGGUGUUUACGAUAAGCGUCAAGUGCUAUUUAACAAGCGUUCUGCGUUGUACAAGAAGCGUGACGAGAUCUAUGCCGAAAUCAGGAAGAUCAGAGCUGACUUCGACAACGAGUUCAAGUCUUUCAAGCAAAAAUUGGAGAAGGAACGUUUGAAGCGUGAGGAGGACCAAAAAUUGUCCAAGCUUUUGGAGGAGAAGGAUGUUGCUGUUGGUGAUGUUCAAGAGAGAUUGAACCAUGCCAAACUCCCAGCUUUUACUUACGAAAUUGAAGCCAUCGAGAACGCUUUGACUGUACUCGACCCAACUUACGAAAAGCCAAAGAAGAACAUCUUUGGUGAUGAGGUCAAGACCAACGGUCCUCAACCCGCCAAGAAAGUCGAGGACAACGGGUUGGUCAUGGUCACCAAAAAGACUGACGAUGUUUUCUCCAACACUGCUCCUUCCAAGUCUAAGAAGCAUAAGAAGAAGAGCCAAAGUAACGGUCAAAAGGCAUCUAUUACCGAGUCUGCUGAUGGUAAAUUUUCAUUAGAGCCAACUUUGAUCGCUACCUUAGCCGAAUUGGACGUCACUGUUCCAAUCUCCAAGGAGGAAAUCGCCACUGCUGUGGAACAAUUGAAGAAGAAGCACGAGGAUUUCUUAUCCAAGCAAGAUGAGCAAACCGACCAAAAUAUCGCUGCUGUUGAAAAGGAAUUGAAGGACUUGGAGCUUGAUUUUGCUAAGAGAGAAGAGCAAAUCAAAAAGGAACUUGAAGCCAAGAGAUCCCAGGAGACUGAAGAAACUACCGAGGCCUAG